GAUAAAGCCUCAUUGAAGAAUAAUUGUGAUCACAGGCAUUGGCAGCUGCAGGAAAGAAUCUGAAGACUUUGGAAAGGCUUACUGGAUAACCUUACUGAUCAAUGAAUCACGAAGAAGUACAUCACAAACUCAAGCAAUUUAAGAAAAUUCGAAUUAGAGCAAGGGAAAAUGAUGGCAAAGAGAAGUAAAAAAAUGGGCAUGAAGUGCUUUCGGCUUUCUGAUUGGUUAUCUUCAACGGAGCUGCGCAGGUUACCUUUCUAUCCACAAAUAGGCGAUGAAGUCAUGUACUUCAGGCAAGGUCAUGAGCUCUACGUAAACACCGUAAAGCAGAAAAAAUUAUAUGAAGUAAAUCCGAGUUCGCUUCCUUGGUCCAAACAGACAAUUCAUCAACAAGAAUUGGUUAGAAUCAUAUGUGUAACGUAUGAGAUAGAGCCACCAAGGCUCGUUUGCUUGAAGCUGUGCCGACUCGAUCCUAGAAGUGGAUCGUUGACAAAAAAGACUUUUGUGAUCAAAUACCAUGAUAUGGAUGAAGUGCCGGAUUUCUUGGUACUAAAACAGGAUUACGAUGCUGCUAUAACGCGCCAAUGGAAUUUGUUUCAACGGUUUCGGAGUCUCAUGAAUGACAAUCGCGGAGUCCAGAUGUGGUGGGAAGGCCAGUUCAUAAAGCGUGAGCCUUUCAAUCCCGAAUUUCCUGAAUCCAUGUUUCUAUGUUACGUCAUCAGAUGGGACAAUGGUGAUUUAGACCGUCUUAGUCCAUGGGAUCUAGAAAACAUCGAUCCAAACAGAAAACCGUGUAGCGUUGGGGCUGGUGUACGAGUACUACCGAUCGAAAUCAUAAGGACAUCUUAUAUGCCUGGGAAAAACGACUGGCCUCCAGUAGGGGAUCGUGAUUCUGAAACUUAUCGUAUAUCUUCUGGAAUCAUCCAAAUUAUGGAUCUAGACGUGGCAAAGCAUUUUUCGGCCCCCGUUGACCUUGAUGAGUUUCCUACUUACGCAUCCAUUGUUAAGUAUCCGAUUGAUCUCCGCACAAUUAAAGCAAGACUGGAUCACCGCUUUUAUCGGCGUGUUGCAGCAGUUGAACACGACGUUCACCGCAUACACACCAAUGCACUCCUAUUUAACGAUCCCAAAAAGUCAGAUAUCGUAAGAAACUCUUGCAUCACUACUGAAUUGUGCCUUGAAAUCAUCCGGAACGCGGAUGCCGACGUGACAGCCUUAUAUCGUCAAUACCUGGAAGGCUGCAAGAAGAAAGAAGCUUAUGGGAAGCCCUCCGCGACAUCAAAUCUGAACGAGGGGAGCAGCCAACUUCCACUGCGGAGCAGCCCAUUUAACGGAUUAGUACAAAAACAACACAAAACGGAACGCCCAACAGAGGGAACUUGUUUUGCUUUUCCUCUAACUAAUGUAAUUACAGGAUCCGAACAAACCAGUACACCCACUCGGAUACAAGGGCAAAAGGUCACCCACAAAGCGAAUCACGUCGUUAAAGAGCAUUGUUCCACUGAAGCAUCUACAGUUCGUUCUAAAAGAUACAUUACACGGAAGUUCUCGUCAUUUGUCAAUCCCGACGGACAUAAUACCGAAAUCGGUGUAGCAAUGGACGGCCACAAACUUGACGACUAUUCUGAAUUGGAAAAUAUUCGCGACAAAGAGAUUACGAGUCAAACCAGGGAGAAAGUCAUUUAUCCGGAAGAAGUUAAAAUUGAACAUUCACCUAAACCGAAGAAAAUAGCGUCUAUCAGCCCGUAUACAUUCCCAAGCAGCGAUGAAUCGGAAACUGGUGAUUUAGAAGAGAAUGAUCUGCCAAUGGCAAGAAAUGUCUCAAGAAGAAGCAGGUUACCGUUGCACAGGACGACGAUAAACAAUUUUGAUGCCAUCCCGCUGCCAGAACCCACACUCUCUUCAGUUUCACCGAUUUCAUCCUCAGAGAGGUCCAGAAGCAAAAUGUUUGACAGGCCCAAAGAUAGCUCAAAUACUUAUGUCAUCGAUGAAACUUGCAAUCAGAAUUCAGAAAUUACCAUUACCAGAAGUGUGAGGAAACAAAGCAUUGAUUCAGACAAUGUUCUAAUUGAAUAUUUGGCUAAACGAAGAAAAAUUUCUAUGUCUGAAAUAGAUGUAGCACUUCGCAGGAAUGAAUCAGGAACAAGGAAUCAGGAAGAUAACUGCAUGUUUGCUUGCCGCGCCCAGCAUAAGCUAGCAACAAUGAAAAGUGCUCCAAGGGAAAGCGGAUCGACUACUCGUAAAGUAAAAAAUGAUAAUCGUGCCAAUCCAUCACUUGAGUUGACUCCAUUACCACGUACUACAAUUUCACCGAUGAGCCAUGCAGAGAAGGAAUUUUCACACAAAAGUCCUUUAUCCUCCCAUCAACUGUUUUCAAAUAAUUGUUUAAACCUGACUGGAAUUCGAAGAAAAGAACGGGAUUCAUCGAUUACAUUCGAGAACGCAUCCAUUAUUUCCGUUCCUAUCCCAAUCGCUGUUUCGACUCCAAUCGGAACGCGUAAGAAGUACGAAGAUUCGAACACAUGUAUUGAGCAGACAAAACCUCGUUUGUUAAGAAAUGUCACAGAGAAUGAGAUCAGUAAACAGUCAACUUGGGACACCUACUCAUCAAGAAACCUUUGUGACAUCAAGAAAAAGAAUAAACGAAAAUUGUCUAGCUCAGGCUCAUGGAAUAUUUCGUAUUUUGAAGAUGUAGCACAGGAACAAUCAAGCACGAAAUCUCCGACAAUGGAAGACCAGCCGUCACCACCCUCCCUUCUGAAUGAGUUACCAGCGAAGGAAAUAGUUGCUGAAAACUUGCACCGUCAGUUCAAUUCCUCCAAUAGAAAAGCAGAAGAAGCACUUGAAACUGUUAGUGACAGACCUUCAAACAUACAGCGUUCAUCAAAAGCCCAAGUUACAUCUCUGACCUCCGAGAAAUCGUUUACGGUUAGAAUUGAUGCCCCACAACCUGCGGAAUUCGAAUGUGUCAAUUCCCGUAACGCUAAUUGUCAAUCUACAUCUUGCAGCAUAUCAAUUUUCAAGGAAAAUCGAUAUCAAACCGCAGUUCUAUCUAAAGGCAACUUGCCUUAUGAAGGCCAAGAUCAAUCCCAAAAGCAGGAAGUCAUUCCAACGUCAAGUAACUUGGUUUGCAUUCCGUUUUGCGAACAGUUUAAAGCUCCUGCAUCCCUUUUGAAGAAAACUCUCAAGAAAGAACAUCGUGCCAAGUGUUUAACGAACGAAACUAAGUGUCGAAGUAAAAAAGAUAACCUUUGUGAAAUUAAUAGUGAUAACCGGAGUGAAACAACCGAUUCAAAGAAAAAUUCAUCCCGUUCCAAAGAUUUUCUCAUCACCAAAAUUCUUACAGAAUCUAAAAUUGAUAUUCCAAUAGAGAAGGUCACCAGUGACAAAUCAGAGAUUAAAUCAAGAAAAAAUAAAGUUCCAGGUGUUUCAGGGGCGUCGAAAAUAAAAACCCAUGAAGAGCCUAUUAACGUCUCUGCUUCCAUUGAAGAAAUUAUGAGGAAGUACCUUGGCAACGAAAGCUGUGACGGACAGGCAGAGGAGCCGAAAAAAGGAAGAAAGAAACGUCCACUAGGCUCAAAGAAAAAAUACGCUGGCAAGAUUAUUUCAAAAGGAGCUACCACGUUCAAAGAUAACGUUGAAAAUGUUGGGGAUGCAUCGAACAACAUGACCACGUCGGGAAAAACGCAUAUGACAGCACGGAAGCGCACAAGUGUAAAAGAUGCAUCGGUCAGCGAGCAACUGAACCUUGUAGAACGUAUUCUACGAGAAAGAAAAUGAAUUGCUUCAAGAUCUCCCCUGCCUACUUCUAUAAUCAAGAAAAAAAAUUCUGCAAGGCAUAACGUCUGUGAGUAGGAAUGAAAUCCAACCAGUUUAGACUGCUUAAUCAACUUGUUACUUUCGGACACAACCAAGAUGGUAUUUUGUUUAAUUUAUUGUAGCUGCUAUGUUU